UGGAAACCCCGUAUAGCCUGUUGGGGCUCAAGAUGGCUGAAUACUCACGGGGGACUGUUAGCAAAUAUCCGAGCAAGACAUCGGGAAUGAAUGGCAAAUAGCAAUGCGGUAUAAAGCAAAACGCUCGAAGUAAUUUGACGCUCACGACUUGUUGCUUUGCAUUAUUUUUGGCAUGUAUAAGUACCAGUAAGGAGAGAGUUUUCUCUCCGCGGCCCCGAGCCAGAACAUGGCGGAACACUUUGGGAAGAAAUAGCAGCUAGCGCUAGCCAGCUGGCGCAUUAUUGAGUAACAUUGUUUAGCAUCAAAACAAACGAUCAGUACUGCCCGCAAGUGUGAGAAUAAUGUUUUCGGUGUGCAGCUGGGGUAAUUUUGCCUUAACACGGUCAAGAUACGAAUUGCUUGGAUUUGGUUUACAAGGAGGCAAGUCAACUCGUUAGCUUCGCUAUUCGCUAACGUUGCGUGUGUGUGUUGAGCGCAACUAACAACGGGGAUAAUUGGUCGACUUUUGGAUUUAUUCUCACAUAUAAGGGCACGUAAUUCAUGUCACCAUUGCGUGGUGUUGAUGUUGUGUAAACUCCCACCACGUCCGCGUUGUAUAUUUAACAUGUUUUGUUGUUAUUACUCAUCACGUUGGCUUUUAUGUAAUACCCGGUGAUAAAAAUCUUUUGGUGGAAAUCAUAUCGUGUAAAAUACAUUGGUGUGAAUAUAGAGCUGCACUUGUGACGGAGGAAGAAUUGUCAGGUCAUCUGACAAGCUCGAUUGGUGGACCCGGUCCGAGAGGUGAAUUGGACGUUGUGGCGUUACUAAGGUGAAGCAGGUACCCCUGUAACAGCCCAUCACGGGUUGGGUGGAAGGUGGGGACCGCUCACGACCAACCUGCCAGGAUGACGGACACUCGACGAAGAGUCAAAGUUUAUACCCUCAAUGAGGACAGACAGUGGGACGACCGCGGUACCGGACACGUCUCUUCGGGGUAUGUGGACCGACUGAAGGGGACGUCUCUUGUGGUGCGAGCCGAAAGUGACGGUUCUCUACUACUGGAGUCCAAAAUAAACACAAACACAGCAUACCAGAAACAGCAGGAUACGCUGAUCGUGUGGUCAGAGGCUGAAAACUACGAUUUGGCCCUCAGCUUCCAGGAGAAAGCCGGCUGUGAUGAAAUCUGGGAGAAAAUUUGCCAGGUGCAAGGAAAGGACCCGUCUGUGGACAUCACCCAAGAUGUUGUGGAUGAGCUGGAAGAGGAACGCUUCGAUGACAUGUCAUCGCCCGGUUUGGAGCUGCCGCCGUGCGAGUUGACUCGUCUGGAGGACUUGGCGGAGCUGGUGGCCUCCUCGCUGCCUUCGCCGCUGCGGCGCGAGAAACUGGCGCUGGCCGUCGAGAACGAGGGCUACAUCCGCAAACUCCUGGAACUGUUCCGCGUGUGCGAGGAUCUGGAGAACCGGGAGGGACUGCACCACCUCUACGAAAUCAUCAAAGGCAUUUUUCUACUCAACCGCACGGCGCUCUUCGAGGUCAUGUUCUCGGACGAGUGCAUCAUGGACGUCAUCGGCUGUCUGGAAUUUGACCCGGCGCUCCAGCAGCCGCGGCGGCACCGCGAGUUCCUCACCAAAACGGCCCGCUUUAAGGAGGUGAUCCCCAUCUCGGACCCUGAACUGCGUCAGAAAAUCCACCAGACGUAUCGGGUGCAGUACAUUCAGGACAUGGUGCUGCCCACGCCCUCCGUCUUUGAGGAGAACAUGCUGUCCACCCUGCACUCCUUCAUCUUCUUCAACAAGGUGGAGAUUGUGGGCAUGCUUCAGGACGAUGAGAAGUUCCUGACAGAUCUUUUUGCACAGCUAACAGACGAGGCGACAGACGACGACAAAAGACACGAACUGGUUAACUUCCUGAAGGAAUUCUGCGCGUUCUCACAAACAUUACAACCUCAAAACAGAGAUGCCUUCUUCAAGACACUGUCGAAUAUGGGCAUUCUUCCCGCACUGGAGGUCAUACUGGGAAUGGAUGACGUUCAGGUGCGGGGGGCGGCCACCGAUAUCUUCUCUUAUCUGGUGGAGUACAACCCCUCCAUGGUGCGGGAAUUUGUUAUGCAGGAGUCUCAGCAAAAUGAUGACGACAUCCUACUGAUCAACCUCAUCAUCGAACACAUGAUCUGUGACACGGACCCCGAGUUGGGAGGGGCCGUGCAGCUGAUGGGUCUGCUCCGAACGUUGGUCGAUCCAGAAAACAUGCUGGCUACUGUGAAUAAAACGGAAAAGACGGAGUUUCUCAGCUUCUUCUACAAGCACUGCAUGCACGUCCUGUCAGCUCCGCUACUGGCCAACACCACCGAGGAGAAGCCGAGCAAAGGUAGCGACCGGAUUCCCCCGUUUCGAGGAGCUUCUGUGACAACUAAAAUGUCCUCCCUUCUCUUAGAUGACUUCCAAACCUCGCAGUUGUUAGCGCUCAUUCUGGAACUGCUCACCUUCUGCGUGGAGCACCACACCUAUCACAUCAAGAACUACAUCAUCAACAAGGACAUUCUCAGGAGGGUCCUGGUGCUCACAGCAUCUCAGCACGCCUUCUUGGCACUAUGUGCCCUGCGCUUCAUGCGGAGAAUCAUUGGUCUGAAAGACGAAUUCUACAACCGCUACAUCAUGAGAAACUUCCUCUUUGAGCCCGUGGUGAAGGCCUUUCUCAAGAACGGCUCGCGUUACAAUCUCAUGAACUCGGCCAUCAUCGAGAUGUUUGAGUAUGUCCGUGUGGAGGAUGUGAAAUCUCUCACCGCUCACAUCAUUGAGAAUUAUUGGAAGGCUCUGGAGGACGUGGACUAUGUCCAGACCUUCAAGGGCCUCAAGCUGCGCUACGAACAGCAGCGGGAGAGGCAGGACAACCCCAAACUAGACAGCAUGCGCUCCAUCCUGAGGAACCACCGCUUCCGUCGCGACGCACGCACGCUGGAGGAUGAGGAGGAGAUGUGGUUCAACACGGACGAGGAAGACCUCGAGGAUGGCGAGCCUGUCGUGCGUCCCUCGGAAAAGAUGAAGAGCGAGGAGGACCUCAUGGAGCCUAUUAGCAAAUUCAUGGAGAGGAAAAAAUUGAAAGACACGGACGACAAGGACAUUCUGGGGAAGUCGAGCUUGUCGGGCAGGCAGAACCCGAGCUUCAAACUCUCUUUCUCCGGCGCCACCAAAACCAGCCUGUCAAGCCCGCCGUCGUCCGGCUCCCUGAACCCCGGUUCUCCCGGCUCACCGGAGUCUCCAAGCUCGGGAACGCGGAGCUCAGGUGCCACGCCAGCGGUAACCACAAAGGGAGGAUUAGUGGGACUGGUGGACUAUCCCGAUGACGACGAAGACGAGGAAGAGGACGAGGAGGAGGACGGCGAGAGUAAAGACGACCCCCUGCCGCCUUCGAAAAAGUCCAAACUGAACUCCUAAAAGACACGCCGCCAUUUCCUCUUUGCGCUCCAGUCAGACGUUUUCAGCAAUUUCUUCUUCAUACGGGAACGAUCAACCCUCAACAAACGGAAUGAACGAAAAGCCGCACUCUGCCGCCGCCGGAGGAGAUGGGACGCCAAUGGAUUCUUCCUCCUCCUCACCUUCGAUCAGCCCGAUUCAAACAAGUGCCAAUCAUACGAGCGGGAGGGAACCGCGUCUUGACGGGAUGGACGUCAAGUCGAGGCGGAGGAAUGGCCGCGCAGUGAGACAAGCGCUGGAAAAGACCACAUGAAAAAAAAAAACGAAAACAAAAAAAAACAUGUAUAUGCAGACUGAAAUCCCCCAAGAGCUAGCGCACUUGGAUCAUAAUCCCACUGCCCCCCCCCUCCACUCAGGGAAGGACAUCAUUUGGCCAAAUGGUUCAGCCAAUUCAGACCCACACACUCAAACCCCUCUCCAGAAUCUUCUUCUCGUUCUUUUCUUCCUCUCCUCCUCGUCCGUUGCGUUCGUGUCCUUUCAGUUAGCAUCGAGGACCAGACAAAAGAAAGCCGUCUUGUAGUUUGAUCAUGUCAUCAGUGUUGUCGUUCUCCGGCAGAUGUUUGGUUUUUCGAAGAGGAGAAAGGAGGGGAAAAAAAAGCCAGCAUUUUAUUUCAUUUUCUCACUUUGUCUCACAAACCCUUCUCCUGGUUUUUGUUUUUUUUUUCUCUCCCUCUUUACGUUUUUGUAAAUGACGACAAAAAGAGACCUGCCUUUAAACGUUCAGGAUGUUUUCAGUCACACUUGAACAGGUUUUUAAAGACCUCAGUAGGUGAGCUAGUUUUACCAUUUUUGCCCUUUGAAACUGCAGAUUUUUUGGAGAAAUUUGUAAUCCCGUCUUGAUUAAAGAUUGAGUGGAAUUCUAGAUAUGAUGUAUUUUGUCAUAUCUUCUCAUUUUUGUUUCCUUUUACAUGAGUGUACACUUAGUUGUUCAGAAUACUUGGGACCAUUAAAAAGAACUUUGCU